CUUAAAGUGUAAUUUGAUAAAAUUAUCAUCAUUGGUUUUAUUUCAGAAAAUCUGUAGUGGGAAAAGAAUACCAGAUCUACCACGUAAAGUGUGUAAGCUGUUCUGUUUACUACAUAACUGACACCAGCAUAGGAUCUGAAAAUGCCAUCCGUAGGGACAAUUAUCUGCAACAAUAUCAGUGGUAUCCUAACCAGAACCUUUUGCAUCGGAUUUAUCAUUUUGCAAGGUGCCAUUAUGAACUAUUACUUAGUGAUAGACCGUGGCAUUUUCCACUCUCUAUGGGCAAUAGCCGACGUUAUAGUCAUUUCGGUGUUUAUCACAUCAUUUGUGAUUUCCUAUAAGCAUAAUAAAUAUGCAAGGCGAGAGGAAGAUCAGUCUACUCCAGCAUCUAGGAAGUUAGUGGCCGUAAGGCAAGGCGGUGAACUACCAUUGGCUUACAUUAUAUGGUUUAUCUACUCCUUAGUCCUCAUCAUUAAGGUUGCUAUUCUAUUCAAGCACACGGCACAGUUCUUGGAAGAGAAGAACUUCUUUGGGCCAAACUUGUUAAAAGUUGUAAUCGCUCUAUCUAGUGUCAUAUUUAUGCUUCUGGUAAUGACACAUCAUGAGGCCCCGCCCCAUAGCUCUAAGGAACACUUUCUGGAACGUGUCACGGGUGAAGUCUCCUUAGAUGUUUUGGACAGUGUGGACCAACUGGAGAUACUCUUCGUACAAGAAACAAGGAUCUUAUUACCCUUUGCGCUGGAGGAUUCAAUAAUUGCGUUCUCAUGUAUCAAUCUCCUGCUUCCGACAAUGACCUUAUUGACUUUGAGUAAAACUCAUUAUGCUGAAGGAAAGGCAGCGAAAGUAAUUCGUACUUUGCACACCCUUGCAAGAUUAUUCCUCGUCAACCUUCCUUUCCUGUCAAUCAGACUCUUCCUAUGGCACGCACUUGAUCAAGACAUUUCCGUAUUUUUGGUCAAGAAUUUUAUCAUCAUAUUCCUUACGGUGCAAGAUAUUUAUGAAAAUCACAAAUCUCCAGAGAUGUGGGAGGAUAAUUCUCGUCACCCUCCAGGUGAGGAGCAUAUUGAGCUUCAGCCCCGCCCACUGGCCCCUGGGGGUGCAGCUGUAGAGGAACCACAUACUAAUGAACAAGCCUAAAGGCUGCAUAUGUACCAUGGGCAUGGCUUGCUAUGGGGCAUUUGUUAGAUGUUUUUGAACUCAAAGUUUGAAAAAUACAAUUUAUGUCAUAUAGAAAUAUAAUAAAAUGUUCUUAUUGACUUACCUAUUUAA